AUGGGGGUGGCGGCAGCAGUGGAAGGGGAUGGGGGCUUUGAUGUUCAGGGGGACCAGGAUCAACAAGAACAAUUACAGAUUCUGAAUCUUUCUUCACACAGACUCACCGAUUCAGAAAUAAAAAUAAUAUUGAAGUUGCUACAUGAUAAGCCUAUGAUGUCGUCAAGUCUGGAACGAGAUGAUCGAGAGAUAUUGCGUGACCUCAUGGACCUUUUGGAGGAGAACCAAACAGGGAGGAACUUGACCAGAGAGGAACAGCAAGCGAUAAAUGAUCUGAAGAAUAACAAGGACUUCCUGAUCAAGGAAGCUGAUAAAGGCGGAAACGUUGUCCUGUGGCCCCUAGACAAAUAUAUCUGUGAGGCAUUGAGACAGCUGAAUGACCGGAACUAUUAUCAACAAUUACCAUCAGACCCAACGGACUACUUCCAAAGGAGGUUCACACACAUUCUUGACUCAGCCCUGGAAUACGGAGUAAUAUCUAAAAAGGAACUUGAAUACCUGCAGGUAAAAGAGCCACGUAUUGCAACAUUCUAUAUGCUCCCUAAGCCCCUGGUAACAGCACUGCCAUCAUAUUUGAGAGAUUCUCUACACCUGAUGCAAAUGAUUAAGGACAUACAAAUCCCGAAAGGAACAUUAUUAGUUACAUGUGACGUAGAAUCACUGUACUCCAAUAUCGGACACCAAGAUGGCAUCUGUGCAAUUACAUACUACUUGGAACAACAGAUAUCAGGUACACAGGAAGAAUGUUUGGAAUUUAUUUCUUUUCUUAAUCAGAACAACGUCAAUGUAAGACUGACGCACACUAUCUCCCCUUGGGCAGUGGAAUUUCUGGAUCUUCGAAUAGAGGUGAGCAACGGGCAUUUAGAGACCAAUCUAUACCGGAAAAGCACAGCUACCAAUAGUUUGCUGCAUUACUCCUCUUUUCACCCUAGACACACCUUGAGGGGGAUCCCUACCGGACAAUUUCUGCGUGUGAGAAGAAACUGUAGCCGACCCCAAGAUUUCAAAGUACAGGCUUUGGACCUUACUAACAGAUUCAAAAAGAGGGGAUACCCGAAAAGUAUUAUAUCCCAGGCCUACCAAAGGGCUAAUGGCAUUGAGAGAAGAGCACUCCUUGAGGGGACUUCUAAAAGACUGGAGGAUAACACUCUAAGAUUUGUGGCCACAUAUAACAACCAGUGGCAGGAUAUCAGGAAGAUAUUAGGUGAGAACUGGAACAUUUUGCUAUCAGAUAACCAGGUCAGAAAGAUGAUACCUGAGAGACCAAUGUUGGUCUCAAGAAGAGCGCCAAACUUGAGGGAUUUAUUAACAAGGAGCCACUUUCAGAGACCCACAAGAACUCUAGGCCGGGGUUUCAAACAUCAUGGAUCAUAUCCGUGUGGAGAUUGUACUGCCUGUCAAUUUAUGACACCUAAGCAAGAAUUUACCAAUCCACGAAAUGGAAAAAGCUACCAUCUAAAAAAUUACAUCAACUGUAAAACAUCACAGGUCAUAUAUACCAUCAUUUGCCCUUGUGGUAAACUAUAUGUGGGACAAACAGGACAACAGCUUAGAAAAAGAAUACAGAAGCAUCUAUCCACCAUAGCAUUGGCUCGUCGAGAUAAAGACAGAUUCAAAACCCUGACAACCGUGGCAAACCACUUUUUGGAACAUCAUGGAGGACGCCCAUAUGGCUUACAGGUUAUCGGCUUGGAAAGAAUUAUGACAAAUAUGAGAGGAGGACCCAUUACCCAAAGAUUACUACAAGUAGAAUCCAAAUGGAUUUUCGAAUUGGGAACAGUGUCUCCCUGGGGCAUGAACGAGGACCUACUGUUUACUGGCUUUUUGGGUCGACGAUCAUUCAGGCACUUUCCAGAAGGGAUGACUUAAAGUGAUAUCAAGUUUAUAUGUCACUCAUUCUCAACAGAUUAAGUUGAUCCUGAGUUAUUGUACUUACCUCGUUCUGUUCUAAGAAUUGUUGAGUCCCUAAUGGCGGGUGCAAUGUGGAGUCUAGGAAGAUGAUAAAAAGAAGAACGUAUGAGAACAUUUGGACAUACUUGUGGCAGCUUGACACUCUUGGAUAAUGGAUUUUCCAGCCUGGAUUUGGACCCUAUUGACUGCUACUGGUCCCCCCUAGGAUGAUCUAAUUUGGGAAACUUUGGGAUUGAUGGACUUUUUUGUAGCCAUCCCCCCACACACACUACGAGAACACUUAUGGAUGUGGACUCCAUUUUGG